CUGGGAGAACGUUGGAAAUUCAUUCACGUGCCGGCUGCGUGAAAGUUUGUUUAUUUGCAGAAGCGAAAUAUUUAUUAAAUUAAUUAAUCGUUAUCAUAAUUUUAAUUAUAUUCGUUUCCAAAGUCAUUAUUUUUCAAGUUAGCCCACAACUAUAGCCUAUCUACUUGUCAAGUCAGGACAAAAUCAAUAUGAAUUCAGAAACCUGCUGUCAUGGUAUCUCGGACGUGAUCCACUCUGAUUUGAAACUACCCGAAGCUUGUUACAAAAUCAUUGAUACUUUUCAGUUCCAACGUCUUCGUCUUAUCAAGCAGCUCGGAACCGGAAGUCGCGUAUAUCCAAGCGCAUCCCACACUCGGUUUGAACAUGCUAUCGGAGCUUCUCAUCUUGCUGGAAAGUAUGGAAAAAUGCUACAAUCUAAGCAACCUGAACUACACAUUACGGAAACUGACGUUACUUCCCUAUAUCUCGCCGGACUGACGCGUGACCUUGGCGGAGGACCUUUAGCCUCCGUCUGGACCGAGUUCAUGACCAGGACCGGGCAGGUCAACUAUUCCCCGGGUGUCAUGUCCACCCGAAUGUUGGAUUACGUCAUGGAACAGAACGAUUUGACCGUGGAGAUGCUAGGAUUAAGGAGUGUAGAGGACAUCGUCUUUGUAAAAGAGCUCGUCCUAGGGAAACCGCUCGACGGAGGGAACGAAUUCAAGGGGAGGGGAAGGGAUAAGUGGUUCCUGUAUCAGAUCGUGACCAAUUUAGCCACAACCAUCGAUACGGCCACAUUCGACGCUACACUGCGAGAUGCUAACUACCUCAACUUGAAAACAGCCUUUGAUACGGAUCUUAUCAUGAAUAAUACGUAUGUUUCGAAAGCCAAAGAGGAAGCAGAGUCCACCCUAACAUAUGCACACUCCAUUUUGGACAAUCUUUUGGAAUUUGGGCGAGCUCGAGAGCAGCUUUACUUCUUCCUGGGAGGGCGCAAGGUGGUCCGCGUCAUUGAAGAAAUGAUGAUUGAUGUCCUCAUCGCGGCAGAUGAGCACUUUAUCGUGACCGGAAAGGAUGGACAGCGUUUUAAGCUGAGUAAUGCGCACGAAGACCUGGCUGCCUUUUGCAAAUUGACAGACACCAUUGUCGACCAGAUCUACAACUGGGGAAAUGGGGGAGACCGGGCUAAGCGGUUGCUGGACGAUAUCAUGCGGAGAAAGUUGUAUCAAUUUGUGAAUUCUGUUACGGAUCUGACGGCAGAGAGUAUGGAAAUGUCCGCCUUCGUGGCUAAAUUGCAAGCCAUUAAUCCGACCCAGGUCGUUAUUAUUAAAACUACGCGAGGCUUCUAUCCAAAUGACGAGGACAAUCCUCUCAAUAAAGCUUUGUUUUACGGCAAACAGAAUAAGGAACACACAUUCCGGGCCAGUUUUGCUACUACUCUGCGAAAAGCACAAAACGGGCGACUCUACAUAGUCUUGCGACCAGGGUACGCACUCACCCCGAUGGGCGGCUGUGCCACCCCAACGGAACGAGGAGACUGUGGCGACGGUGAAGAUCUGGAUCUGUUGAAAGAACGGGUGAAGAAAUACCUGGCGGAGUGUGGAACAUGUAUCAAAAUCGGCCUGUAGAUGCUGGAGAAUAAGAAGGCUCAAAACAUUUCACGAUUUUAUGUUGAAUACAAUUUGCUCAAUUUAUUUCAGAUAAAUUUCUCAUUGAUUGUGUGAAUCGACAAGUUUAUAAAGUAUGUAAAAAAUGUUUAAGGCAAAUUCCACUAAUGUUAUUUACCCACAUUAAUCACUUAAU